AGUUCAAUAUAAGCAAAAGUCGCACUCUUUGGGUGUAGCAGAAGCUGACUGAGACUGAGACACACACACACACACACAGAGAAGAGAGAGAGAGAGAUGGGUUUGCUUUCGAACAGAGUGGAGAGAGAUGAGAUCAAGCCUGGCGACCACAUCUACACCUACAGAGCUGUUUUCACAUACUCUCAUCACGGCAUUUUUGUUGGGGGAAGCAAGGUUGUACAUUUCAUACCUGAGAGAAAAUUAAAGUCAAUCACAGAGACAUCUUCGAACUUGGAUGAUCCGACAUCAAGCCCAUGUCCAAUCUUUCCUGAUUGUGGAUUCAGGCAGCCAGAUAGUGGUGUAGUUCUUUCUUGCUUAGACUGCUUCCUUCGAAAGGGGUCUCUCUACUGUUUUGAGUAUGGGGUUUCACCAUCAGUUUUUCUUACCAGAAUAAGAGGUGGUACAUGCACUACCGCAUUAUCUGACCCACCAGAGACUGUUAUCCAUCGAGCAAUGUAUCUUCUUCAAAAUGGCUUCGGUAACUAUGAUGUUUUUCAAAACAAUUGUGAGGAUUUUGCCUUGUACUGCAAAACUGGUCUUCUGAUAAUGGACGAGAAUGGGGUUGGAAGAAGUGGUCAGGCUUCUUCUGUUGUUGGUGCUCCAUUGGCUGCAAUGCUUUCUUCUCCAUUGAAGUUGUUGAUGCCAAGUCCUGUUGGUGUGGCUACUGUAACAGCAGGAAUGUACUGCAUGAGCAGGUAUGCAACUGAUAUAGGUGUCAGAAGUGAUGUCAUCAAGGUUGGAGUGGAAGACUUGGCUGUGAACCUUGGAUGGACUUGUCCUAACGAGGAGGUACCUGAAGAUGAAACUUCACACAGACAGAUUACCAGAUAAUUUAGCAUUCAUCCUUAUGCACAUGAGACUGCUGCAUGUGUCAUUGUUAGUUGAUCGCAGAUGUGGCCUUCAUCAUUCUUAGAUCUUCUGGACUAGUACUAUGUAAGACUCAAUGGGUUUCUUUCUUCUUCUUUUUGUUUCCUUGCCAUAAUUGGUGCAUGUCUAGUUAUUCAAGUUGUGCAAGGGAU